CGCUUCCUCAAAUCGACGAUGGCGAGUCAUGGCAUUACCCGUGGUCCAGGCACGGCGGCGCGCUCGGAGGAAGCGCGGCAGAAAGAGCUUCAACAAAUCACCGCAUACAAAGAUCUAAUGGAUCUGGUUAAUACCAAACUUGCCGAGAGACAGUACACGAUCGAAGUCCUCGGCCUCGCAACCAAGCUCUUGAACGAGAAUCCCGAGUACUACACGAUAUGGAACCAUCGUCGCCGCGUUCUACUGGCCCUAUUCUCCGCAACUCCGUCGGAGGAAGCGCCGGCGCAAUCUUCCGAAGAGCUCGUACAAGGCGAUUUGCUGCUCACUUUUGCACUGUUGCGAAAGUUCCCCAAGUGCUAUUGGAUAUGGAAUCACAGAAACUGGGUUUUACGGGAGGCAGAGUCUAUAUUGGGAGCUGACGCUGCACACCAGCUGUGGCUCGGAGAGCUACAGCUAGUGAACAAAAUGCAUCAGGCAGACAGUCGGAACUUCCACGCCUGGAGCUACCGACGGUUCGUCGUAGCCCAACUAGAGCGCCUAGCCACGUCUGCCCACGCAACCACCUCCGGGAGCCUUGUAGAGUCCGAGUUCAACUAUACGACUAAGAUGAUCAAGACUAACCUCUCCAACUUCUCCGCCUGGCACAACCGCGGCAAGCUAAUACCCCGCCUGCUCGGUGAGGGCAAUGCCGAUUCGAAGACACGGCGUGCGCUCCUAGAUGCCGAGCUUGCCCUCAUAUGCGAAGCGAUCAAUACAGAUCCUUUCGACCAGUCGAUUUGGUUCUACCACCAAUAUCUGAUAUCUACCCUUUCGCCGAGCUGUCCACCGGAAGACCUCAUCGUGUCGGAUCUGAACAACGGUGAACGCCAGAAGUAUUAUGAGCACGAGAUGGAGUAUAUCAAGGAGAUACUUGAUGACGAGGCGGAUUGCAAAUGGAUUUACGAAGCAUUGCUAUACCUGGCGGAGGCGUAUCUCGAGGUGGAGGGCGGAACGAAGGCUUUUACAACGAAGGAUAUGCAGUCGUGGUUGGAUGAGCUGAAGCGCCUGGAUCCAUUAAGGAAAGGGCGAUGGGAGGAUCUCGGAAGACGUCUAGACCUUUGAAUCGGCGCGGGCACCAAAGCCAUUGCUAAGGCUUUUGUUUCGACUCUGCCGGCGCGCUAUCCGCUACUGCUUCUUCUUGCAGUGCUGGUUUUGUAGUUUCUUUCCUCCAGGCCCAGGAGCCUAGCAUGGAUGAGAGCCUCGAUGGCUGCGCGGCUUUCUGCUCAACCGGAGACUGCGUGGUUUUGGAGGUUUGUGUAGCGCUCGAUGCCAUCGGUGAAGGACCCCCAGUGUUCAAGGCGGAUACGGCAGUAACAUUGCUGAUGCGUUCAGUGAAAGCUAGAGAAACAUUCUGGAU